ACUUCUUCCCUAAGCACCAAAAUUCUAAAUGGCCAUUUCAACCAUUUCCAUUCCCUUAAAAUGGUUUUCUACGAAGCUCAAUUUCCCUCGUCUUCACUCCAAACACAAACCAACAUCGUCUAAACCUCCUUCACUGCCCCUCGCCGAAGUUGCCUUUCGUCACCUCGACGUUGAUGGAGAUGGAAAAAUCUCUAGUGACGAGCUCCGAACCUACUUUGCGUCGAUCGGUGAGUACAUGACACGCGACGGAGCUCAAAGUGUGAUCGGAGACUUUGACGAAGAUGGGGACGAGCUACUAGAGCUCGGAGAUUUCCAACGGCUCGUAAAGGGGGAGGAGGAAGAAGAGGAGGAGGACUUGAAGAGGGCUUUUGAGAUGUUUGAAGGUGAAAAGGGAUGUGGAUUCAUUGGACCGGCCGGGUUGCAAAAGAUGUUUGGGCGGCUUGGCUACGUGAAAUCAAAAGAAGAGUGCUCGGCUAUGAUCAAAGUGUUUGAUGUUGAUGGUGAUGGUGUAAUUGAUUAUCGUGAAUUUCUCAGAAUGAUGGCUUGACGACCUAAUUUAAUGUGUCAAUAAACUGUCUUUUGAUUUUAUCUUUUGUUUUUGUUUUUGGAUUUUUUUUUUGUCGUGAAUGUUAAUUAAAAGUGUGGCUGCAAAUUUGAGAGU